AGCGUACUGUUUCUUUAAACUGUACACGUCACUUCCGCUUUGCAAGCAAGGGCGGCCAGCAAACUUACUUUCGUCUCGGUGAAGCGAGGAAGGGCAAAGCUGCCAAAAAAUUACUUUACCAAAGUAGUGCAGAAAAGGACUGACUGCUGCGUUUCUGAGGAUUUCACACACUUUAUGAACGAAAGUUGGAGCCGAAAUGGCCGAAAUGUACGACUGGAGACAGUCCACUGUGCAGCAAGGCUCGCCGUACAUCGAGAUCAUCGAGCAGCCCAAGGCGAGAGGGAUGCGCUUCCGUUAUAAAUGCGAGGGCAGAUCAGCUGGCAGCAUACCCGGCGAAAAAAGCAACGAUUCCACCAAAACACACCCAGCCAUCAAGGUGCAUAACUACAGCGGCCCAAUCAGAGUGAAGAUCUCCUUGGUUACCAAGAACCCGCCGUACAAGCCGCACCCACACGAGCUGGUGGGAAAAGACUGUAAACACGGCUACUACGAAGCUGACCUGCCCGAGAGACGGGUUCACAGUUUCCAGAAUCUCGGUAUUCAGUGUGUGAAGAAGAAGGAUGUGGCCGAAGCCGUUUCCUGUCGCCUGCAGACACAGAACAACCCUUUUAACAUUCCCGAAGCCAAAGUGUGGGAGGAGGAGUACGACCUGAACGCCGUCCGCCUCUGUUUCCAGGCAACCAUCACCCUGGCAACCGGCGAGCUGUACGCUCUGGAGCCUGUCAUCUCUCAGCCCAUCUACGACAACAGAGCUCCGAACACAGCCGAGCUAAAGAUCUGUCGCGUGAACAGGAACUCUGGCAGCUGCCGGGGCGGAGAUGAAAUCUUCCUACUGUGUGACAAAGUGCAAAAAGAGGACAUCGAGGUGCGCUUCUUCCGAGACUCGUGGGAAAGUAAAGGCUCGUUCUCUCAGGCCGACGUCCACAGGCAGGUCGCCAUCGUGUUCCGCACGCCGCCCUACUGCGAUACGAACCUGACGGAGCCGGUGAGAGUGAAGAUGCAGCUCCGCAGGCCGUCAGACCGCGAGGUCAGCGAGCCCAUGGACUUCCAGUAUCUCCCCGCCGACCCAGAUGAGUACAGGCUGAUGGAGAAGAGGAAGCGGACGGAGGGAAUGCUCCAGAACCUCAAACUGAGCAACAUCAUGCCAGAUGCCAACCCUGCGAGGAAUGUCACUACUGCCAGAAGAACACUUCCAGCUCCGAAACCCCUGGCUACUGCCAGUGCUCCACCAGUGGUGAAUCCUGUGCCAUGCAUGGGUCCAGUGAAGCCUCCGUCUUUGUUCAACACUCCCGCUCCAGGCCUUCUGUUCACUCAGACCCAAACCGAGUCGACGCCCUCUAACGGAGACGGAUGGAAGUUUUUCACCAACGUCAAAGUGCAGCCUUCUGCCAUUCCAGCUCCGUCCGUCGCUCAAGACUUCCGCACGGUCAAUCUCUCCGACCUGCACGGCUUCUCCUUUCCUACGUUCCCUCCCUCCGUUCCAGAUCAGUCCAACUCGGGCAGCAGGAGGGACGGAACCGGGGCUAACGGAGCUGGUACCAUGGUGACCCAAGAGGUCCAAAAUACGUACGCCUCUUCCAUCAGCCUGAUGGAUAACGAGAUUCCUGAGUUCCCGAGCUUUUCCGAAGUCCAGACGUCAGACGUGGAGAACAUCAACACUGACGAUUUUCAGGCGCUGCUGGGUCAAAGCGGAGACGGCACUUCGGCUACUUCCGUAUGUCACGCCAACGCGGCAGGAAGCAUGGCCGUCGAUAACGCGCUGGGUUCCAGCGGUGCCGAGCAGGCGGCGAGAAACCUGGGCAACGGAACCUGGAUGAGUUUCCCACAAAGCAUCAUCAACUUUCUGCAGAACGAGCCGAUGCCGGACGAGGGGAUGGCCGGCACAUCAGCCGUACCUGACACCCUCGACGACAUAGACUUCCCCUCCAUAGACGAGGAUCGCCUCAUGUCCAUGUUGAACAGCGGCAACCAAGUCAGCUUCCUGUCCGGGCAUCCCACUUAGAUAUUACACACAGUCGGAUUUGCACCAUCCUUACAUCGAGACUUGGAAGAGCAGCAACUCAAGAAGAAGGAAGAAAGGGACAGAGGACAAAAUGGAGGCCAGACUUUCACAAUGCCUACUGAAGCCAUCUCAUUAUCUCAUUAUCUCUGUCUUUUAUAUUUCUUUUUGCAAUCAAAACGCAUCACACGCAUAGCUAACAGCAUUUUAGUUCAUUUGCCUCGUUGAUGAAAGCAUAGUUUUGUAAAGAGCCUCAGUUCUGAAAGAGAAAGACGUUCCGUAAAGGAUAAGCCACACCCACUCGGCGCGCCGUUUCUUUAUCAUUUCGAACACCAAAAGAUUUAAUCCCAAACUAGACCCAGCCUUCCAAACAGACCUUCGUUUACAUUAAAGCUUUACUCUGUUCAAGUUUUUAGUUACACGAUAUGGGGGGGAAAAAAAAAAAUUUUUAAAUGUUAAAGCUGACGCCAUAAUGACGGAAAAUAAUCCCCGAAGUGGCACUGACAUUACUGCGUUUUCAUAUAUCAUGUAAAGUCACAUGACUAAUCACGUGAUUCAGUGGUUAGUCAGCAAUAGGUGUGAAAAUGUAUGGUGAAUGUUCAUGAUGUGGCUGGGAAUUCGAUUCUCAUUUAAUAAACAACUGUAAUUCAGGUUUGUUCACCUACUUGGUGGACUUUUAAGACAAAUUAUAAUUAAAAAAAAAAAAAAUAUAUAUAUAUAUAAAUAUAUUAAUUUUUAACAUAGCAAUCGGUUAUGAUAAUAUUCCUGAUGUGGAAGGGAAAUCUAUUGACUGUAAUGAAAUGUUGUGUUUUUUAUUAGAAAGAGAGCUUCAGCAAUACAAAAUGACGGUAGUAUAUAAACCGUUACCACAUACCUGCAGCUCAGAAAGCGCUACUCAAAUUUAUUGGCACCCCAGGCAAUUUCCAUCCGAGUCAUCCCAUGACUUAAAGGUUCAAAGUGUAACCUUCAUGAUUGUGAUUUAGUGAUUCAAAGAGAUAUGUUUUAUUGUUUUAGGGCGAAGACCGAUUCUCUUAAGCCACUCCCACUCGGACUUAUGAGACCGAACAGGCGUAGAAAUGGAACUGGAGUCACGUUUACUGUUUAAUAUUUCAUUUUUUUUUUUUUUUUAGACACUAAUCCUUCCGAAGUCCCGUUUCGGCACGGUUUAAAGUAAAGCAAAAACAUGCGACGCUCGACAAGCCCGUGUGUUUGAAAACAAAGGAAAAACGCUGAUCGUUUUAUUACGCGUCGCCCGAUUACGUAAACCUAACGUUUACACGGCGAAUACUUUUCGUGGUGCCGGAUAGUCGCGUGCGAUACAUCUGAAACGGUUUUUUUUUCAGUCGGAGGCGUCGUUUUCUCUGCUGUUUUCGUCCAAAUUUAACGCGCUUCUCGAUUAACAGCGUUUCCUGCAACGCUGCCUUUACAUCGAGACAAAACAAGCACGUCCUUCGUGUUCUUUCUGCAGUCUUUUAAGCAUAAACGUGCGGCCUGAUGACGACGGAGAUAAAAGGCGAACGGUGUAUGUUGAGAAUUGCGAUGCAGGACUAAGCCUGGUGCCAAUAUUUUUGGCCAAAACGGUAAGCGCAUAGUGAAGUGAGGGUGAGAAAGGUGU